AUGGACACCGGGCAAAGCGCUCAGGUCACCGACAUGGGAGGGGAACACUCAGCUGGGGUUUGCCUGGUGGAGAGGGACCGGGAGAGGGGUGAGGUGUCCAGCCCGAGUCCACCCGCCAAGCAGCGCUCUCUGCGGGUAGUUUACGUCCUGAACGACGGGCUGAAGGCGGGGAUGGCCAGAGGACCAGAGUCCGGAGCGCUGCAGUGUUUGCAAAGAGCCUGCGACUCAGAAAGCGCCCUGCUGACCACCGUCACCUUCGGACGGCUGGACUUUGGAGAGACAUCAGUGCUGGACAGUUUCUACGAUGCAGACAUCGCGGUUGUGGACAUGAGCGAUGUGUUCCGGCAGCCCUCCUUGUUUUACCAUCUGGGCGUGAGGGAGAGCUUCGACAUGGCCAACAACGUCAUCCUAUACCAUGACACAGACCCUGACACUGCCCAGUCACUGAAGGACAUGGUGGCACAGAAGAACACAGCAUCCAGUGGGAACUACUACUUCAUCCCCUACAUAGUGACUCCUAACCAUGAGUACAUGUGCUGCGAGAGCGACGCUCAGCGCAGGGCCAGUGAGUACAUGCAGCCCAGCUGGGACAACCUGCUGGGGCCGCUCUGCGUCCCCCUGACCGACCGCUUCACCAGCCUGCUGAAGGACAUCCACGUCACAUCCUGUGCUUCCUUUAAGGACACCCUCCUAAAUGACAUCAGGAAGGCCCGAGAGAAGUACCAGGGAGAAGAGCUCGCCAAGGAGCUCUCCCGAAUCAAACUACGAAUCGACAACACAGAGGUCCUCACCCAGGACAUCGUUAUGAACCUGCUGUUCUCCUACAGGGACAUACAGGACUACGAUGCCAUGGUUAAGCUGGUGGAGACUCUGGAGAUGCUGCCGACGUGUGAUCUGGCCACCCAGCCCAUGAUCCAGUUUCACUACGCCUUCGCCCUCAACAGGAGAAAUAGUCCUGGAGACAGGGAGCAGGCUCUCGAGGUGAUGCUGCAGGUGUUGCAGUCGUGUGAACAUCCUGCGCCGGACAUGUUCUGCCUCUGUGGACGGAUAUACAAGGACAUCUUUCUGGAUUCAGACUGCAAAGACACUAAAAACAGGGACAACGCCAUACAGUGGUAUAGAAAGGGUUUUGAGCUGCAGCCCACUCUCUACUCGGGGAUCAAUCUCGCAGUCCUCCUCAUAGUUGCUGGCCAACAGUUUGAGAGCUCCAUGGAACUGAGGAAAAUAGGUGUGCGGUUGAACAGUCUGCUUGGGCGCAAAGGCUCGCUGGAGAAGAUGAAUAACUACUGGGACAUCGGCCAGUUUUUCACUGUUAGCAUGCUAGCUAGCGACAUCCCUAAAGCUACUCAGGCUGCGGAGAAGCUUUUCAAACUGAAGCCACCUCUCUGGUAUUUAAAGUCUGUGGUUCAGAACCUGCAGCUGAUCCAGAGGUUUAAGAAGCAGUCGGUCGAACAUUCGCCCCUCAGGGAGAGACUCAACUUCUGGAUGGACAUCAUCGUAGAGGCCACGCAGGGAACGACCAAUCGACUGCGGUUUCCAGUGCUGAUUCUGGAGCCAACUAAAGUUUACCAGCCCUCCUACGUGUCCAUCAAUAACGAGGCUGAAGAGAAGAACGUGUCGAUCUGGCAUGUUUCUCCUCCAGAAACUAAAGGAAUCCACGAGUGGAACUUCACCGCAAUGUCCAUCAAAGGCAUAAGCAUCAGUAAGUUCGACGAACGCUGCUGCUUCCUCUACGUCCACGACAACUCGGACGACUUCCAGAUCUACUUCUCCACUGAAGAGCAGUGCGGUCGGUUCUGCUCCAUGGUGAAGGAGAUGAUAACAGACGGGUCGGGGAACGCUGUGGAGCUGGAGGGCGAAGGAGACGGAGAUACACUGGAGUAUGAGUACGACACAGAUGAGACAGGAGACAGGGUGGUGCUGGGAAGAGGCACCUAUGGAGUGGUGUAUGCUGGGAGAGACCUCAGCAACCAGGUCCGAAUCGCCAUCAAAGAAAUCCCUGAGAGAGACAGCAGAUACUCUCAGCCCCUUCAUGAAGAGAUUGCCCUUCACAAGUACCUGAAGCACAGAAACAUUGUCCAGUACUUGGGCUCUGUCUCUGAGAACGGAUACAUCAAGAUCUUCAUGGAACAAGUACCUGGAGGAAGCCUGUCUGCGUUGCUGCGGUCUAAAUGGGGCCCGCUGAAGGAGGCGACGAUAAUCUUCUACACGAGACAGAUCCUGGAGGGGCUCCGGUACCUGCACGAGAACCAGAUCGUCCACCGAGAUAUAAAGGGGGACAAUGUGUUGGUGAAUACUUACAGUGGCGUCUUGAAGAUCUCAGACUUUGGGACCUCUAAGCGGUUGGCGGGAGUCAACCCCUGUACAGAGACAUUCACAGGGACUCUUCAGUACAUGGCUCCAGAAAUCAUUGAUAAAGGCCCUCGAGGAUACGGCGCCCCGGCUGACAUCUGGUCUUUGGGGUGCACCAUUAUAGAAAUGGCCACUGGGAAACCUCCCUUUCAUGAGCUGGGAGAACCACAGGCGGCCAUGUUUAAGGUGGGCAUGUUUAAGAUCCACCCAGAGAUCCCCGAGUCCUUGUCACUGGAGGCCAAGUCGUUCAUCCUGCGCUGCUUUGAGCCGGACCCCAACAAGAGAGCCAUCGCCUCAGACCUCCUCAAAGACACUUUUGUCAGACAAACCACGAAGGGAAAGAAGAGCAAGAUCGCCUUCAAACCGUCAGACUACAUCCACAACGUUUCUCUGCCCGUUCAGCUGCAGUGCGAGGCCGCCGGGAGCAGCAGCAGUGAGCACGGCUCCGUGAGCCCCGACUGCGACUCCAAACACGACGUCUUCUUCCAGAAAAAGAAAAACUCCGGCUCCGAGAAUCUACUCAAACCCCCCAACUCCAACUACCUGAGUGUUCCAGAUGAAGGUUCGGUGUCAGAGGACCGCAGUGCACCCGCCUCCCCCGAGGACAGGGACGGCGGUCUGUUCCUGCUCAAGAAGGACAGCGAGAGACGGGCCAUCCUGUACAAAGUCCUCAAUGAAGACCAGGCAAAGGUCAUCUCCAACCUGAAGGAGAACCACAUCCAGGGCAUUGAGGAGCUCCAGCUGUCUGUCGACCACAUCAAGCAGAUCAUCUGCAUCCUCCGAGACUUCAUCCAUUCCCCCGAGAGGCGUGUCAUGGCCGCCACCAUCUCCAAGCUCAAGCUGGACCUGGACUUCGAUUCCACCUCCAUCAACCAGAUUCAGCUGGUCCUCUUUGGCUUUCAGGACUCGGUAAACAAAGUCCUGAGAAACCAUCACAUUAAACCUCACUGGAUGUUUGCCAUGGACAACAUCAUCCGCCGAGCUGUGCAGGCUGCCAUCACCAUCCUGAUACCAGAGCUGCAGACCCACUUUGGCCCGGCCUCAGAGUGCGAGGGAGCAGAGAAGGAAGACGAAGUGGAUGAAGAAGAAGCCGAGUUUGGUCCUGUUGUAGCUCCUCAUGCUGACGACUCCGGGACCGGGACCGCUGACCCCAUCCAAUCCGUGACCAGUACGCUAAACUCUGCCCACUCCCAGGAGCACCAGCGCCCGUAUCAUCAACUUGCCGCUCAACUGGGGAGGCUCAAACAGGAGACCAAUAGGCUGCUGGAGGAGCUGCUGCAAAAGGAGAAGGAGUACCAGCACGUCCUGAAGUCCACCCUGCAGCAGAGAACACAUGACCUGGAGCUGGUCAGAGUCAGACACAAACCACCGGACAUCUCCCCUCCAUCCAUCUUCCACAUCCCAGCGGACCACGAGCCAGAUAAGCAGCUCACCGAUUGGCUGAAAGAGCAGGGAGCAGAAGCUGACACAAUAGAUAAGUUCGUACUGGAGGAAUACACACUGACUGACAUUCUAAAUGAAGUUUCCAGAGAUGACCUCCGCUGUCUUCAUCUCAGGGGUGGCGUCCUCUGCCGCAUCUGGCGGGCCAUCCAGCGGCACAGAGAGCGAGAGAGGCUGAGGGUUGAUGACCAAUCAGAAGAUGAUGCAUGA